AAACCACUCACUUCUUCAUCUCUCUCUCUCUCUCAUCGAUGGUCACAGAAGCCAUGGAAUCACCUGAAUACAAAGUCUCUCCCCUGCCGACGUCGCCGUCUUCUUCAAAUUCCAGCUCCGACGAACCCAAAUUCCCCUUACUCCAAACCAAAAGAAAACUAAAGCGUUCAAAUCUCAUCCCCCAACCCCCCUCCGAAGAAGAAAACCUCGCUCUAUGCCUCCUCAUGCUCUCCGGCUCCCAAUCCCCACCUCAAAUUCUCUCCCACAAAUGCUCUCUCUGUGGCAAAUCUUUCCCAUCCUACCAAGCCCUUGGCGGCCACAAAACUAGCCACCGAAAAUCCACCCCCGCCACCGCCACCGAAGACCGUCCUUCCGCCGGCUCCCCUUCCGCCUCCGCAAUGUCCGGCGGUGGGCGGGUCCACCAAUGCUCAAUUUGCCAAAAAACGUUCCCAACCGGUCAAGCUCUUGGAGGACACAAGCGGUGUCACUAUGACGGCACCAUCGGAAGCGCCGCCGGCUCCGGCCACCGUGGAUUUGAUUUGAAUCUGCCGCCCGUGCCGGAAAUAGGACUUGAACUUGGGGGCAGAUGUAAUUGGAUUUCGGAGGAAGAAGCAGAAGUUCAGAGUCCGAUUUCGGUCAAGAAGCCACGAUUCUUCCUCGCAGCGUAGCCGGAAAUUGAGAACUGGAUUCCAUCUCUUUGACUAACUUAGUCGGCGUGUACGCUUCGGCCUGGCCGACUUUGACAUUUUUCUCUCUUUUUUUUUUCCUUCUAACGUCAUAAGUUAGGUCUACAGGAAUUAAUACAUAGGGUAUGCAUCCACUAACAGGUAAAUCGCUCAUGACUCAUUCUAACCGUUUAUUUAUCCUUAAAUAUUUUAUUUAAUUCAAAAUCUAAAAUAAAAUUUCAAAAUUAUUUCGAAAUUUUAUUUUUAAAUUUUGAAUAAGACAGCAACUGCU